AUGGCGGCGUCGUUCGGAGGAGGGUGGUCAGACAUGGCAACCUUGAGCUCGUGGUACUCGCUAUCCUCGUCUCAGCCCCCUGCUCGAGAAUCUCCGAAGCCUCGACGGCCUCGAGCGCUGAAAGUCUCGGUUGGAGCGCAGGAUCCUAGUGACGAGGAUCGUCCUCCUGUCAGGCUAGACGACAAAGAAUCUGGAAGUGCUGAGGAGCGCGGAAGGCGUUUGGCAGUGAAAUGGAUGGGUGAAGAUUUGAAAGAGAUGAAGAGAGAAGACGAGAGGAGAAAGAGUGACAAGAAACGUGAUUCGAACAGCGAUGGUGGCGUGAAGAGACUGCAGCACAAGGAGUACUCAGAGGAGUUCCUGCAGUCGUUGCCUCUCAGGGAGUAUCUCAUGGAGGAGAAGCCGCAGAAACUGGGGAAAGGGAAGCAGGCCAAGACAGUCUUGUGCUCUGUGAAGCCUGUGAACAACUCGGCUGUCCCAAUCAAGGUUGUGGUGAAGGAGUUCAAGAACUUAGGUGCAGGCACUGGCAGUUUUUCCUUCACAAUGAGUACCUCUCGCUCGCUCGUCUCAACAGCAGGAGUGAUUGCCCUGCUAGCAUACCCCGAGUGCUGGGGCUGGAAGUUCUUCAAUGGGUCCGACUUGUACUCUUCGGGGCCACCCAAGGACAAGCAGCUGGCGCUCAAGGUCUGGAAGGAGUUGGCCGAGGCAGUCUGCUUCGCCAACAGCUGUGAGAUCUUCCACUGCGACGUCAACCCCAGCAACAUCCUGCUGGACAGUGAGCAGGAAGGGGGGGAUUCGCAUCACAGCAUCCUGCUGGUGGACUGGGCGUGCUCGAGGCAGGAGGCGUCGCUAAAGAGCAAGGUGACCAACGGCAAGAGGGGGCACUAUCAGCCUGGAGAGAUGAUGAACGGGGAGGUGGGAAAUUUCACUGACGUCUUCGGCACGGCGUCUUGCCUGCUCUGGAGCAGCCUCGGAGACUUCCCUGAGGCCUCUGUCCUGGGCAUCGCAAGGAUCCUGGAGAAGGGGCUGGAGGAGGAGAAGGGCAGCCGCUACUCCAGCGUGGAUGAGAUGUUAAGAGCGUUUCUGGACUUGAAGCUCAUCAAUGAGGUUGAGGGGAGAGAGUGA